AUGCGUUGUUGGUAUCGCAAUCGAUUCCACAAUGGCUCAAGAUUUGAUAACAUCGACAUCAGAAAUGCCAAAGAGUUUUCAUAUCGAUUUAAGAAUUUAACGAAUGGUAAUAAUGGUAAUAAUGUGGAUCCACAACGCGUUGAAAAAUUCAAUAUUUUAAUGAGAGAUUUGACUGAAAUUGGAUGGCCGGGAACAGUGAGUAUGAAAUUUUUCGCAAAAAAUCGUUGGUUUGAAUCACUGUGGUUGUUCGGUCAAAUGCAACGGCAAAUAGAAGUGUAUCACAGUCAUGCCGAACAAUGGCAUACCAUUCAUGAAAUGUUUCGUAACAAUCCGAACUUUCAAGAGCCAACAAUCAAUCGACCACCAAAAAUAAGCAGUUUUGCUCUUAUACCAUUAUGCGACUACCAUUUGAAAAACGUGCGAUUGGACAUUAAGGACUUGUAUUAUAAAAUUGUAAACGAGCUUGAUUUGGUGCCUUCUUUUCUCAAUACGCAGACCAACCGGAUGAAUAAGAGAAAUUUAAAGUACUACACCCAAACUGAUCGAUCAGGUCUAUGGAAUAUGUUGUUCGAUGUCGGUAAAAUAAAUAAAUUGGGCAAAUCGAAACCAUUCCAUCAUCAGAUUUUGACCGAUAGUGUUUCAAUAUCCAUAAUGUACAAGAAACCACAGCGACAACAACGACCACAGCAAACAACCCAAGCGAAUCGGGGGCCGGAAAAACUCAUUGGCAAGAAAUACAUCAUUGGAAUCGAUCCGAAUGAAAAAUCGUGGUUAACUGUAGUGCGUCGCAACAUUCAAAAAACACCUGAUGAGCCGGCUGUUGAGGAAAACAUUAUAAUACCAAACCAGCGUUUUCAUUGGGAAACUCAGCAGAAAAAACGAGACAAAGAAGCGAAAAAGUUGGCUGGAUGGUUUGAUAUCGAAGAGAAGGAACAUCUCAAAACAUACCCAUAUCGCCCACCAUCACCACGUAAUUCAACAUGGAAAUCAUACAUUGAAUAUCGCAUUAAAAUACCAUCACAUUCGCUCGACCGGAGUAAAUGA